GCCAGUAUGUAUCAAACCAAACCAAACCAAUCGCCAGCCCUACCUCCCCAACCUUCAACCUCCCAUGUCCUCACAUCGAACUACAAUCACCACCAUAUGACCUCUGCAGCUACGGCUCUAGUACGCCAACAAUCCGACGCAAGCAUGGCAGUGUUAGUAAGUAAUACUGUUAGUGUCCGCCUUCAGAGAGGAUGAUAAUGUCCAGGAAUGGAUGGUAGCGUGGAGAAGAAACCACGACUGUUUUUUUUUCCCUUUCAAGUCGGCUACUGAUUACUUAGCGAGAGAAAAAUGGUUCGGGGAGCGGGCGGCUUGCGGAAGGGAGGGAGGCAAAGAGUUCACUCAAACUCCUUCUUUGCGGGGUGCCGGUUCGGGACGAUGGGAGAACCUCUGGAUCCUACCUACUACUCUGCGCUUCUAUGCGAUGCAAUGUCGAUACAGACCACUUAAUGAGCCCCCAACGCCGAGAUUGAUUGAAAGACCAUCUGAAUCGACCUUCACCCACCACCAUCUAUCCAUUCACCCACCAUCUAUUGAACAACGCACUCAACACAGCAACAACAACAACUACUCAUCUGACCCUAUACGCAUGCACCCAGGAUGUAAUCAAAUCCCCCAUCCCAACGCAAGAAAAGCACGCAUGUGUACAGUGUACAUGACGUUCCGCUUCCCGCUUCCCAGACCCUGCAUAACCCCCGCCAAACCCCCACCCUAUCAGCAUCGCCCACGUCAACAGUAGACGCGACAGCGUGACACGCUUAAAUCGGAAAGCGCGGAAGG